AUGCAGUGCCGAAUCGACGCGUCUCUAAGCGUGUGGGCUUCGGCCCCACCGUCGACCGCCUGCGCGGUAUGCGCGUCCUCCGCGACGCUCGCGCAGUUCGGCGCCUUCUCCUCUUCGUUUCGUCUCCUUCGCCGCGCGCGCGGCGCCUCCUCCGACGCUGAGGGUCGUGCGCGGCGCGCCGCCGCCCAGUCCAGUCACUCCGCGGCGUCUGCAUCACCGCCUUCCUUCCUCUCUCGCGCGGCGGCCUGCGCCGUUCCCUCUUCAGCGCCGGGGGCCUGCGUGGUGCAGCUUUUCUGCGCGGAGGAGGAUCUGCCGAAUCCCGUGAAGCUGCCGCUGAACAAGUUCCUGGCUACCGCCGACGUGUUGUUCUCUCUUGGCCUGCUCGCGCCUUCGGCCGCCUCAUUCCCUGCGGAUUCGCGCGCGUCGCUCGACUUCCAGCCUCUUCCGCUGGCGAUCCCUGCCGCGCCGGAAGUCACAGUCUCUCUGGCGCACGCGCCUGGCGACGAGGGCGCUUCAGACGGAUCGGCGCGAGCGGCGUCCACUGCGCGCUCGCGGGCAGCUCUGCAGGGGCCGCCGGCAGCCUGGUGGGAGGAGCUGAUUCGCGCGGCGGCUGAGUCGCGGGCGUCGAGUGCGAAGAGCCAGGCGCUGUCUCCGGGCGCUUCGCAAGCGGCGAGCCUAAGCGCGGGACCGGCGGACAGCGACAAAGGCGGCGGGAAAAAAGGCAGACAUAAGAAGAAAUCCUGCGCCGAAACCCCCGCCUCCUCCUCUUCGUCUCCUUCUCCUUCGCCAUCGUCCUCCUCCCCAUCCUCUUCUUCCUCUUCUUCCUCUGGCUCUUCGGGGAGUUCGUCGUCUGUCGCUGCGUCGCUGCAGGCCUCUCGAGGGCUCCUGCGGUUUCUGAGCGUGGCGCUCCACGGCGUGGCGGGCGUCAGCGCGCAGUUCCGGUCGCUGACGCUCCAGGGGCACCCCGUAACGCUUCAGCUCUUCGCCUCUCCCGGCUCUGUCACUGUAGACGCGGCAGCCGCGCAGGCUGAGUGCGAGGCGAACUCCUCGGCGCGUUUUUCCAGUUGCUUCCGCGUGACGCGCAGCACUCAGAUCCGCUUCAGCCUCCAGCCUGUGCAGGCCGGCGAGAGCGCAGAGAGAGUGGAAGGAGAGGACGACCCAGCGAAAGGCGCGAGAGCGUCGCCUGCCGCAGGCGAUUCACUGGCUACAGCGGAGAAGCCUCGAGGCGGCUUGGCUCGCGUGGGCGGUCUUCACCGCGUGCUGAGCGAGUUGCUCUGGUGCCUCGUCCUCCCGCUGCUUCGCCCCGACCUCUACGGCGCGUACGGCGUCUCGCCCCCCAAGGGCGUGCUGCUGCAGGGCCCACCAGGGUCUGGCAAGACUUUCCUGGCGCGUGCGAUCGCCGAGGAGAUCCAACUCAUCGCGGACGAAGUAAACCACGGCGAAGGCGCGCGGGCGGCGGCGCGCGCCUCGGCGGCGCCCGACGCGAGCUCGCCGGUUUCUGCGGUUCUCCGCUCGCUCGUCCGCCUCCCUGGCGCCGCGGCGCUUCAGAGUCGCCCGCGCGCCCUUCCGUCCGCGGACGCUGACGACCCGACUGUCCUUGUGGCCUCCGCCGCGUCGGCGGCGGCGUCGCCCUCGGCCUCGCCCUGGGUGGUGCCGCCGCACCUCGAGCUCGUGAACGCGACUGACCUCAUCAGUCCAGUCAUGGGGCAGACGGAAAGGAACAUCCACGCCCUCUUCGAACGCUGCCGCAGGGAGCAGCGGAGGCGCAUCGAAGAAGCGCAGGCGGAGGCCGCAGCCUGCGCAGAGCGCGCGAGACGGGAGCGCGGCAGAGAGGCGACAGCCGCGAGUCGCGAGACCCCUGUCUCCAAGUUGAACGCCUGCGAAGGCGGACUGGCGCCCGCAGCCGGAGACGCGCCGGCGAGGCAACUCGUCGGGGGCGGAACUCUUCUUUUCAUCGACGAGAUCGAUGCGAUAUGCCCCAGGCGCGAAGACGCGACGGAGGUUGGGCGCCGCGCAGUGUGCGCGCUGCUGGCAUGUCUAGACGGCGUCGCCGCCGACGGGUCGCUUUUCGUUCUCGCGGCUACCAACUACCCCUACCUCCUCGACGACGCCAUCCGCAGAGCGGGCAGACUGGAGCGCGACCUCGAGGUCGGUGUGCCGACGGCAGAGGAGCGCCACGAGGUCCUGCUGAAACUGCUGCAGACGGUGCCGCACAACCUACAGACGGGUGACAUCGAAGAGCUAUCGGGUCUCUGUCAGGCCUUCGUGCCUGCGGACUUGCGUCUUCUCGUCACGAGCGCCGCGACACAGGCGCUGAGAUGGAUGCUCGCCGUCGAUGCCGCGACUUCGAGUGAAGGCGCGGAGAAGAACGACGCGGUCUUAACGAUGCAGGCAGGGCCAGAGGCGAGACAGCCCGUCACGAUGAAGCACUUUCGCCGGGCACUGCGGGACGUGAGGCCGUCUGCGCUUAAGUCCGUCGCGAUUGAGGUUCCGCACGUGAGGUGGGACGAGAUAGGCGGCUACGCAACGGUGAAGCAGACUCUUCAGGAGUGCGUGGAGUGGCCUCUCAAGUUUGCCGAUCUCUUCAAGCAGCUCAAGGUCGCGCCUCCCCGCGGCGUGCUGCUCUACGGGCCGCCGGGCUGCUCGAAGACCAUGAUGGCCAAGGCGGUCGCGACCGAGUCAAAAAUGAACUUCAUUUCCGUCAAGGGACCGGAGUUGUUCUCCAAGUGGGUGGGCGAAUCUGAGCGCGCCGUGCGAGAGGUCUUCAGGAAAGCGCGCCAGAACGCACCGUGUGUGGUUUUCUUUGAUGAGGUUGAUGCCAUGGGCGGCGAUCGCGAGGCAGGAGAAGCGGGAGGGGUGGAUAGUCGCGUGCUGAGCCAGAUGUUGAAUGAGAUGGAUGGAAUCGGGCCUGUCCGCGAGGUCGUUGUGAUCGCCGCCACAAACCGCCCGGACCUCCUCGACGCCGCCCUCCUGCGGCCCGGCCGCCUGGAUCGCCUCGUGUAUGUGCCCCUACCUGACUGGGAAGCCCGGCGGGAGAUCGCGUUGAAAAUGCUAAAGACUAUGCCUGUGAAAAGUCCACUGGCGGCGUGUGCAGAUUGCCUUGCCAGUGCGACCGAAGGGUACAGCGGGGCAGAGCUUGUCAUGGUUUGCCGCGAAGCGAGCAUGGUGGCGGUUCGGGAGGCUGUGGCACGCUGGUCAAACAAGCAGCUGCAGCCCGCCAGCGCCUCCGAUUCCUCGAGGAAUGCACGGGAGCGAGUCGUGGGUGCGACGUGUGCAAAGCGAGGCGAAGCGAAUGGGAGCGGCGAGGGCGACGUGUUCGUAGAUGAGCGCCAUUUAAUGCUUGCGCUCUCCAGAGUGCAGCCAAGGACACCGAAGAGCCUCCUGGAGUUUUACGAAGCGUACCAUGCUGACUCAUGCCGUCGGGGCGGCGGGGGUCGCUAA